AUGUAUAUCCUCGAGCAACUGGCGCGUCUGCUGGACCGCCCCCUCUUCCCCUGGAAGAAUGUCCUCGUGGGCUUUUCCUUGGGCCAGUUCAUUCUGGAGGGGCUUCUUUCCUUUCGUCAAUACAAGGUGUUGCAACGAACCAAGCCUCCUCAGGUUUUGAAGGAAGAGGUGUCCCAGGAGGUCUUCGAUCGCAGUCAGUCUUAUGGUCGCGCAAAAGCCAAGUUCGGCUGGGUCGCUGGUCUUUACGGUCAAGUUCAGAAUCUUGCAUUUAUCUAUGGCGAUAUCCUCCCCAAGCUCUGGGGAGUGAGCGGUCUUCUUUUGGCACAGUACUUCCCUUCUCGGUUCCAGGGCGAAAUCUCGCAAACGCUUCUCUUCAUCUUCGGGUUCAACAUAAUUAGCACGGUUCUGUCUCUGCCGAUCUCGUACUACAACACGUUCGUUCUCGAGGAGAAAUUUGGUUUCAACAAGCAGACUUUCAAGCUGUGGGUUUCGGAUAUGCUCAAGGGUCAGAUGCUCGGUGUCGUGCUGGGAACCCCCAUCAUCAGCGCCGUGCUCAAGAUCGUUCAGAAGACUGGUAACUCCUUUUUCUACUACCUGUGGCUCUUCGGCGUGUUCGUCCAGGUCUUCGCCAUUACUAUCUACCCGAUCGUUAUCCUGCCGUUGUUCAACAAGCUGUCCCCUCUGGAGCCUGGUCCCCUCAAGGCUGGUGUUGAAGCUCUUGCCAAGAAGCUGGAAUUCCCCUUGAAGGAGCUGCACGUCAUCGAUGGAAGCAAGCGCAGCGCUCAUAGCAACGCCUACUUUUACGGACUGCCCUGGAAGAAGCACAUCGUUAUCUAUGAUACCUUGAUCGAGAAGAGUGAGCCUGAGGAGGUUGUGGCUGUCCUUAGCCACGAACUCGGUCACUGGAGUCUCAGCCACACCACGAAGCUAUUUGGUAUCGCUCAGUCCCAUAUGUUCUAUAUUUUCGCGCUCUUCUCGGUCUUCGUCAACAACAAGUCUUUGUAUCAGUCCUUUGGCUUUAUCAAGGAACAGCCCAUCAUGAUUGGAUUCCUCCUGUUCUCCGACGCCCUGGCACCCAUGGAUGCUGUGGUCAAGUUUCUCAUGAACAUUCUCAGCCGCAAGUUCGAAUUUGAAGCCGAUGCCUUUGCUGUUAAGCUCGGAUACUCGAAGGAGCUCGCGCAGUCCCUCCUCAAGCUCCAGAUUCAAAACCUGAGCACUAUGGAUGCCGACUGGAUGUAUGCCAGCUACCAUUACUCCCACCCCAUCCUGUCGGAACGUCUUAAGGCUCUCGGCUGGGAAGGUGGAAAGGUCACUAGCAAGGAGGCCGACAGCGAGGAGCCCGUUAAGGCAGCUGACCGAGAGCUGUGA